AUGAGUAGUGCCGGCAUCUCCCCAACACACAUCUCAAACGCAAGUCUCAAUUCCAGUUUGAAUGCGCAGAAGAGGGCGUAUCGUCAAAGAAGGAAGGACCCAAGCUGCGAUGCGUGCAGAGAGCGAAAAGUCAAAUGUGAUGCUACAGAGACCUCACCCUGUUCAGAAUGCUCCAGUCGAAGUCACAAAUGUCAAUUCACAAAGGAAACAAAUCGCCGGAUGUCCUCGAUAAAACAAGUACAAGACCUACAAAGUCAAUUAGCUGAAGCCAAGCACCAAAUCAACAACCUAAUGGCAAUGCUUCAGGAGGGAGGAGCAAUGGAGGUUGACCGCAGAGCCAUGGACGCGCACAUUUUGAAACUUCCAGACAUCGUGCCAAAUAUGGAGAAGCGGCAUCGACACCCAGUGAUGAACAACUUCGACUAUGUUCGCAAGAAUAUACGAAUCUAUGGCAGAGGGCUAUUCAAGGCACCGCCACCCUACCGGCUAGGCACUUUGCAGCCCUCCAUGGUCAUACUACCUUCGCUACCAGCAAGAGACUUGACAGAUCGUCUUACAAAACGGUACUUCGAGUCGAUACACAGAUGGUAUCCAGUCAUCCACUGGCCAACCUUUCAACUCGAAAUUGACAGAGCGUACGCACCGGGCAGUUUGCAGACCAUACCUGAAGCAUGGCUUGGAUUGUUUUUUGCUGUACUUGCUUGCAGCACGCUCGGUUUGGUGGGCUCUCCAAGAGCCGAUCUUGAGGGCAUGUCCUAUCUGGAGAUAUCUGCGAAAGCCAUCACGCCCUGGACCGACGACCCUACAAUUGACUAUGCGAGAGCUUCUUUGUUGAUCAGCAUAUUCGUCACAGAAAUGAACAUGAAAUCUGCUGGGUGGGUCUGGCUUGGGGGCGCAGUGAGAAUUGCGCAGGAUAUUGGCCUACAUUCUGAGACAGGUCCUUGGCCUGUGAUUGAAGGAGAGAUAAGGCGGCGAGUGUGGUGGUCCAUAUAUGCUUGGGAAAGGCUACUCAGACGGCCGACCCUAAUCGAUGACGACGAUUGCAACGUCGAGCUUCCCUCCCCAGUCGAAGAUCGGUUUAUACAACCCCAAGCAAUCGUCCGGACUUCUACAAACUACGCACCACACAUUGGCCUAGUGGCGCUUAUCCCUACUGCUUAUAUCGUACCAAAGCUGAGAAAAACACUCAAAGCCGCCAUCAUAACACCUCACAUACGCCAGACCUACGAGGAACACUUCCACCGAAUUCUCUACUCCUUCCCCGAAUCGUACCAUCCAGCUUCGAAAAGCUAUAUGGAUCCUAUGGGACUGCCUGCAGUGCUCGUGCUCCAGAGCGCUCGGUCCCAGAUGUAUCGACACAACAUGUCUGUAUCUUUUGGAGUUGGGGAGCGCACUGUGGCUCUACAGGGAUGUCUUUUGGUGGCACAAGAAACAGCGAGUUAUAUAUCGAGAAGUAUGCCCCAGAAGCCUCAUGUCUCCGAAUACCCGGAGAGCAUCCAAGCUACCGCCUUGACUAUUGCAUCAAGCAUGCUCUGCGCCCAUUUGUGGCGAAGUAUGCUCAUUCUGUGCCUAUGUGCAGACUUUGACGGGGCUUUGGUGUGCCUGCGCUUCAGUACCACCAUCGGAGAUACACGCAAGAUCAACGCGGCCUGUGGAAGAAACUUAGCCUUCUUUUUAGAUCGCCUCACGGAACGCGUUCACAGCGGUAAUGGGGCGCACCAUCAACUCGAACAAGAUGAGGAGAUGCUUGCUUAUGUCAGCGGUGAUGUACAAGGAAGCUUGGAGGACUCGUGGGUGUGGACAGGCAGCGAGGUUGGUCAAAAUAUUAGCCAGACACUCCCUUCUCCUGUCGUCGACUCGGCUACGAGAGAAAGCGGUGAUGCGAUGGAUACUACCUCACUGCCGCUUCGACCAACAAUGGUCCCAGUGGAGAAAGAUACAAGAGAAUGGGGUGGUUGGGAGCGAGUCGAGCGGAUGAUUUGCCAACUUAAGGACGAGCGAAGUCGAAUGAAUCAACCCCCACUACCGCCACCUCCUAACUACUAUCACCGGCCGCUACACAACCCUGGGAAGAGAUUACAACUGGCCCCGGAUGCAGCCGCCCCGGCCCCAUCUGCCGCUCCAAGGACACCCACGUCGACUAGUGUGGAGCCUGCCGGGUCAUCUCGCAUCAGCAUUGCGAAUAUUAUCUAG